AUGGCGGGAACGAUGCCAUUGAAUCCCAAACCAUUCCUCAACGGUCUGACGGGCAAAGCUGUGUUAGUGAAGCUCAAGUGGGGGAUGGAGUACAAGGGGUACCUCAUCUCAGUGGACGCCUAUAUGAACCUCCAAUUGGCCAACACUGAAGAGUACAUCGACGGCAACUGUACCGGCAAUUUGGGUGAAGUCCUCAUCCGAUGUAAUAAUGUCUUAUAUAUCAGAGGCGUCGACGAAGAGGAAGAGGACGGAGAGAUGCGCGAGUAG